UCAGGUAUUCUUUUUGAUUAAUUUUAUUGGAAUUCAUUCCGAAAAUAAUCAAUCAGUUUGAAGUAAAGAUCUUAUAUUCAAAGAAGUUUUGAUCAAAAAGAAACGCGUAGCACGCGACGUGUUUUAAACAAAAGAACGUUCAAGCUGUCACUUACAUACCCCAAGUAGCAACUGAAAUGUCAAAACUGAUUCAUAAUACGUUAUAGGAAGAAUCUGAUUGCUGUUCUGUUUCAUGGGAUGGAAAGUGGCAUGUUAAUAAUUCUUCCCCCAAUGUUGCGUUUUUUCUUUGUCAUCUAAGUUUUGUAUUUUAUAUUUUGGUAAAAAUGAUAAAAAUAUUAGAUUCAACUAAAAGUAAUGUUUCUGAGAACAAAAACAUAAAAAAGAAACUAAAAUCCAUUAAAAGAGGCCGUCCAUUCCCAUCACAUCACAAAUACCAUAAAAUUGAUGAAUAUUUUCAUUCAAAUUUUAAAGUAACAAAAAAAGAUUUUGAAGAAGAUAAACAAUCCACAAAUAUCUUGUUAGAAAAGCGAUCGAACGUUGGAAAACAGGAAGAUUUAAAACUUCAAAAACAAUCAAUUUUUCCGAAAGAGAUUCAAACAAAAACUAUCGUUUCGACCACUGCUAAUCAAAACCAACCUAAGGAACUAAAUGAAAAUAUUGAUGCAUUUGAUAAAACUGAUUGCAUUCCCAAUGAUGCUGAAAAUUAUAUGAUAAACUAUAGUUUAAGUAAAAAAAUACAAAAUAUUCCAUACUAUAAAAUUAUUGAAGGCACUAAAUUUGCAGUGGAUGCUUUUCGGUAUGGUGAUAUUGAUGGUGUAGAUUGUUAUUUUCUUUCCCAUUUUCACGCAGAUCACUAUAUUGGAUUAAAAAAAAGUUUCAAUCAUAAACUUUAUUUAUCCAAUAUAUCAGGUAGAUUAGUGAUGGAGUUUAUCAAAGUUGAUAAACAAUAUAUUCGAUGUCUUGAUAUUAGUAUACCUGUUUUCGUUGAUGAAGUUGAAGUAACUGCUCUCGAUGCCAAUCAUUGCCCAGGGGCUGUGAUGUUUCUUUUCAAAUUCAAGACUGGAAAAUGUAUACUUCAUACUGGUGAUAUGCGUGCAUCGCCCACAAUGGAAGAAUAUCCUGAGUUUUGGAACAAUCAAAUAGAGACAAUUUAUUUGGAUACAACUUAUUUGUCUUCAAAAUUUGAUUUUCCAACACAGGCAGAAAGUAUCGAUGAAAGCAUUGGAUACUGUGAAGAAUUCAUUAAUAGCAGCAGCUCAGGCACUCAUUUAAUCGUCUGCGGAGCAUAUAAAAUUGGUAAAGAGAAGGUAUGGCUUCGGCUUGCACAGGAAUUUAAUUACAAAGUAUGGAUUGAUGCCGAUCGGCAUAGAGCGAUGAAAUGCAUACAAAAUGAUGAAAUAUCUAGUGUAUUGACAGAUUUCAUCACAGAUGCGCAAAUACACGUUCUUCCAAUUUCCAAAAUAAAUUAUCAAUUUUUAGUCAAAUAUGUUGAUGAACUCCAAGAAACAUUCUCAAAGGUUCUUGCUAUACGUCCAAGGUACGAUCAUAUUUCUUAAAAGAACACAUCAUAUCUAUUGAAUAUUUUGAUUGGAGAGUAUUUUUUUAUUCAUCCAUUACUCCGAUAUAUGACGGCCUAAGAAGAAAACAAUAACAUACAGAAUAUUC